CAAAACGCAGUCUAGAGGUAUUUAUUUUUUUAAAUAUCAGUACAACUGGCGACCUGUGCAGGUAUACUGCGUUCUCUGCGUGUGUCUAGUGUAGUGAUGGCUUUCCGAACUAAAAACCUCUUCGAAAAAACAACUAAACUCGUCAGAAGCUAUUCGAGCGACAAAAUAUACACCCACAUGUCUCUGACACUAAACGAACAAACAGGCAUUGCCACCUUAGAACUCGCCAAACCGCCCGUCAACUCCAUGAGCUUCGGCUUCCUCAGCCAGCUAGCUGCAGCCGUCCAACAAUCCGAAGCUGACAAGUACAAGGGGCUGAUCAUAACCUCCAGGUCCAGCGGUGUGUUCAGCGCAGGUCUCGACCUCAAAGAGCUCCACCAUCCCGACAGCGACAGGAUUCUGAACUACUUGCGGAGGCUGCAGGACGUGUGGUUCCAGCUGUACGACUGCUCCACACCAACAGCAGCUGUUAUCAACGGUCACUCGAUAGCCGGAGGCUGCUUACUGGCGCUCAGCUGCGAGUACCGAGUGAUGGUUAACAGCUUCAAAAUAGGCAUGAACGAAGCCUUAGUAGGGGUGCCGGUGUCUCCGAUGUUCAUCGCUUGCAUGCAAAGCGUCAUCGGCCAAUGGGAGGCCGAGAAAGCUUUGCUGGUGGGGAGGUUGUUCACUAGUGAAGAGGCGCUAGGGGUGGGUCUCGUGGACGAAGUGGUGGGGGGUAAAUCGGAGGGGGUUUGUAAGGCCGAGGGGUACCUCGCGGGGUUCAGAGAGGUAUCUGCUAGGGCUAGGGGGUUGAGCAAGAGGUACUUGAGGCAGGAGGUGGUGAGGGAUUUGGUGAGGCGUCGGGAGGAGGAUGUGAAGAAGUUGGUGGAGAUUAUAAGUUCGAGGGGUGUUCAGGAUUCCCUGGGAGAGCAUUUGGAACGGAUGAAAAAUAAAAAGUGAUACUCGGUGGGAGUGUGAGUGUUCGAAAUGGUGUGUUAUUUUGGAUGUAAUAUUUGAUGUUCUUGUUAUGUUUUAGUGGUAGGUGGAGACUGAACGAUUUUUUUAUACGAUUAUUGGAUAUCAACUUUGCUUUUGUGGUACCUAGCGGAAGAGGAAGAUAUAUAUAAUAUAUAUUUCAUUUGAAUGUGGGGGUUUCUUAUAUUGAAUUAUAGUGGUUGCUUAUGAUAAUAACGGUGUUCUUGAAUAAUUUGAGGGAUGUGAAUCGGAACGAACUCUGGUAAAAAAAAUUCUUCAAAUAUAGGUUGAGGAUUGAAAAUAGACAUAGAUAUUGCUGUAGCACCGUUAUUUUUACAUUUGUACUAUGAUUUACCUGAAGAUUUUGAUGUAACACCCGAUAACCAUUAUCAGUUUGAUUAUGACAUUCUGAGAUUAUGUCAAUCAGCGACUGGAUUCAGUUUUGUCAAUAUGAUAAUUCAUACAAGGGAGAGAAAUAUGAAUGAAUCGGUGUGGUAUUUUCUAGUGCCUUAAUAAUAUGUAUCUCAUACAGGGUGAAGACUUUAACUGGAAUGAAUUCGCUACUAGGGAAGUGAAUUAUUUUUCUGAAAAUUCGCGAGACACGUCAACUCAACAUGUUUAUUUCAAAUGCAACCCUAUGGCUUGCGACCCCUUAUUGAAAAGCUGGUUGAAAGAGGAAUCCACCGUACAGAUCAUAUUUCAGUUUGCAGUAUGUUUGGGGGUCACAUAAAAUCAAAAUAUAAUUUCGAAGAACAAUAUAUUUUCAACGUAUUUUCAUAAAAUUUUCGACUUUUAGUGACGCCACACUCACUCACUCUUUGACAUCAUUGGAACACCGUAGAAAGGUCGGCGACCUUUCACUUUUCUAUCGAUACUUCCACGGGAAAUGUUCUUCGGAAAUCUCUGCUAUCAUCCCUUCACUAGCAAUACCAAUCAGACGAACUAGACAAGCUCAGUCAGCACAUCCUUUCGUUGGAAGUAUUCCCAACAACAUAUAAUCUCCAAAAGUUCAAAA